UUUAAUGCUUCUCCACUUCACGCACUCCCCAGAGGCCUAGAGCCGGCACACCGCCAGUCCGCUAUCCGCCACGGUGCCGUCUACCACAGUGAUCGCACACCACCAUUCUGCCAUAGCCAACAGUACUACAGUCUACACUCUACAGGCAGCAUGCUACAGUAGUCAGCACUCACUCCAUUUAGCCACUCGCAACGACCAUACGCCAGACGCUGUCGUCAGACUCCAGUGAUCAAUCGCCAUCUUCAUCGCAGCUUGCAGCUCGCACAGUCACACUGACGCACUCUCGGUCUAUCGCAAGAGUCUCAGAAACACUGUAAUAACAACAAUGGGAAGUAGAACAUUGCUUUCUCUGUGUCCAACAAUGGCAACUGCUGCUACCUUCAACCGGAUACGAAUUGUUUUUCGGACACAGCCAUUCGGGUUGAGGCAGGUGCCCCGCCGGAGCUACUCCACGAAAGCGAAUAGUGCUCUUCAGCCCCCUGAUGUCCCUCGUUUGGCCGAAACAGCUCGGAUUUCUCUCACCCCAACUGAGGUUGAAGAAUUCGGUCUAAAAAUUCGACAAGUGAUAGACUGGUUUGGUCAACUUCAAGCCGUAGAUCUUCAAAGUAUUGAGCCAGCUAUUAGGGCAGAUACUGAAGGUGACAACUUGCGAGAUGAUUUUCCUGAAAUUUUUGAAAAUAGGGAAGCCAUGAUAGCUGCUGUGCCAAGCUAUGAGGAGCCUUACAUCAAAGUUCCCAAAGUGUUGAACAAGGAGUAAUAUGUUCAGGGCUUACUAAUCAAUUGUAGGCCUUCACCCUCUCCAUUCCCAUCUAAUUGGCUUAAAAAUCCAAAAACCGCCAGCAGCUUUCCAUUUCAUUCUUGUUUUAAAUUUCUUCUCUGCAUUUUGUUCCUUGAGGGACUGGGCGUUGCCCCAGAUUCCCAUAUUCAUUCUGAGCUUUGCAUCAUGGACAAGGAGGUUUCUAUAUUUUGGUGGAGUGAGCAAUUGAUAUGAAUACUAUUAUGUAGUAACAAUUGCACAAAAAUGCAUACUUGGCAUGUAAUGUUAUGAAUUUGCUACUUUUUCAUUGUAGGAAAAAUGGUGUAAUUGUGUAAACCAAUAAAGUGAGUAAAUUCCACUAAA